ACCCCUCUUCGCCCCUAUAGUUUUUACGCCGCCAUGAGCCUGUCCUCCGCCACCUCCAUCUCCUCCACGUCAUUCAUCUCGAAUGGGAGUGGGACCCACACCGGGAAGCUUUCCGGGACCUACCUCCACCUCUCCCUCCCCAACAACAAGCAGCAGCAGCAGCAGCAGCAGAAGACGAUUACUUGCUCCGCCGCCGCGAAUAGUGGCGCCGCCGUGAUAGAGCAAGGGUCCACCCGUCUCGAAUCGGCUCCUAGUCGAAUCGGUUCGCUGAGUCAAGUCUCCGGCGUGCUCGGAUGCCAGUGGGGAGACGAGGGCAAAGGAAAACUCGUCGAUAUUCUCGCUAAACACUUCGACAUCGUCGCUCGUUGCCAGGGUGGAGCAAAUGCUGGCCACACCAUUUACAACUCAGAAGGCAAGAAGUUCGCCCUCCACCUUGUUCCAUCAGGCAUUCUCAACGAGGAAACCACGUGUGUAAUAGGCAAUGGGGUUGUAAUCCAUUUGCCUGGAUUCUUUAACGAAGUCGAUGGUCUCGAAUCCAACGGAGUUUCGUGCGAAGGAAGGAUCUUAGUAUCCGAUCGGGCCCACUUACUAUUCGAUUUCCAUCAAUCCAUUGACGGGCUUAGAGAAGCUGAGCUGGCAAAAUCGUUCAUCGGAACUACAAGGAGAGGCAUUGGGCCUUGCUAUUCGAGCAAGGUUAUUCGAAACGGCAUAAGAGUAAGUGAUUUGAGGCACAUGGACACUUUUCCUGAGAAGCUCGAUCUUUUACUAUCUGACGCUGCAUCGAGAUUUCGGGGAUUUAACUAUGGGCCCCACAUGCUCAGGGAAGAAGUCGAGAGGUACAAGAGAUUUGCGGAGAGAUUGGAGCCUUUUAUUACCGAUACGGUUCAUUACAUGAACGAUGCUAUAUCUCGGAAACAAAAGAUUUUGGUUGAAGGUGGUCAGGCAACUAUGUUGGAUGCUGACUUUGGAACUUAUCCGUUUGUAACUUCUUCUAGUCCAUCUGCUGGUGGUAUAUGCACUGGUCUUGGUAUUGCUCCUAGAGUUGUUGGUGAUCUUGUCGGGGUGGUGAAAGCAUACACCACACGAGUUGGUUCGGGUCCUUUCCCUACAGAAAUAUUGGGGACAGGCGGUGAUCUGCUUCGGUUUGCUGGACAGGAGUUCGGUACAACAACAGGCCGCCCUCGUAGAUGUGGCUGGCUCGACAUAGUUGCUCUGAAAUAUUGCUGUCAGAUAAAUGGAUUCUCGUCUCUAAAUCUUACUAAACUCGAUGUUUUGUCUGAAUUACCGGAAAUCCAGUUAGGUGUUUCUUACAAGCAAACCGAUGGCACUCUGAUUCAAUCAUUCCCUUCGGACCUAUGUGUUCUAGAGCAAAUCGAGGUUGAGUAUGAAACUAUGCCAGGGUGGCAGUGUGAUAUUUCUUCCAUUAGAGAGUACUCUAAGCUGCCGAAGGCUGCGCGCAACUACGUAGAAAGAAUAGAAGAAAUUGUUGGUGUACCAAUUCAUUACAUUGGCAUUGGACCAGGACGCGAAGCCCUUAUAUACAAAUAAGUAACAUGUUCGUGGAGUUUCCUAAAAUAGUAUUUUCUUAACGAAUUUUUCAUGUUUUUCGUUUCGUAGGGUUGGUGAUCAAAUGAAAAAUUGUGACCAGUUUUGAGGUUUAAUUUUGAGCAGUAUUUUAAUCGAAAACGACACUGCACUAGAAGUAGCUCUCUAAUAGCGAUUUUCUAUGAUGUAAGGAAUCGUGUUUGUCUAUCGGAGAUUCGGAUUGCACUGAUGUGUAGACUGUACAUGUAUUACUGUUUGUUUUAGGCGAUCUGAUGUGUGUUAAGCGAACUUUACAUGCAAGCUGUCUGUCGGCGGCCUUUUUGCCGUUUGGGCUUUUUCGUGGUGAAUACUUUAGUCCA